GUGUAAAAAUUACAUGUUUACAUAAAAAUAUGACUAUUUUAUUUUUUCAUAAAACAGUAACAUUUUAUACUUUUAGGAUCAAAACGGAUGCAAGAUAACCUUGAAGAUGAAUUUUUCACGACGGAAGAUAAAGAAGACAAGGAAAAAGUUGAACCGGAAAAGGAGAAACCAACGGAUGACGAAAAUAUUAAAAAUCAGAAGAAAAAUCAAGGGAAAAAAAGAAAAUUCAGUAGUUCAUCAGAAGAAGACCCUGGUGAGAAACCUGUUGCUGAGCCGUUUCCAAAACUCCCCCUGUCACAACGUAGGGGUACCAUAAACUCUUUUGACGAUUCCUUACUAACUGACGAUUAUAUGGAUGAGAAUUCCAUCCAAGAAACUUCAACACCAUGCAUCAGACGCAAGAAACAAGAGGUUGGCGAACAGUAUACAUUCCUGAAGGAAAUACGAAAACUACAUAAAUACAUAAAAGAAUGUUUUGAAUAUCAGAACGAAUACCUAGGGAGUGUCAUUAAGAAGACUUCGGAUAAACUGUCAGCUGAGAUAGGUUGUAUUGCCACCUCAUCUUCCAACGCAACAUUGAACGUUUCAAAUUCUUGUGACUGGAAAAAAAUUACGUGUAAAGGUAAAUAUUAAAACACUUUAAAACAUUGUAAUUUAAUUUAAAUUCUUAAUAAUAUAUUUUUAAUUAAGAGGAGUUAAAUGAAUUAGAGAAUUUACUGCAGCAGGAUAAAACGGGGUUAUUAGAAAAGGUAUAAAUAAUUGAUUAUAAUAAAUAAUUUAUUUAAAUGCAAUAUCUUAUUUCUAGUACCAAGAAAUUCUGGCACAAUCAUUAAAAGGAGAGAAAAUUUACGAGUCGUCAUAUAAACUACUUCCUCAGGUGAAUAUUCAAAGGGGAGGAGAGAGGUUAUUAUACUUAUCAGCUGCUUCAAUAUUUUUUUUAGAUAAUGGAUAAAAAAUUUCUUUUGAACGUCAGCCUCACAAGCGGAUAUGGAGGUAGUAAAACUCAGAAAACUAUCAUCCUGGACGACUUCCCAAAAGUGAUGUCCUUAAUGACAGGUAAGAUUUCAUUUUAAAAAAUUAAAUAUAACCUCAAAAUUAAAAAAAAAUAAUAAUUUCAGGUGUUGUCAACAUAAGAUGGAGAGAUGCAUUCACUUCUAACCCCUACUU